UGGACGCACGGAAUCAUUGUCACGCGCGGCCGCGAACGAGACCCGAGGGCUCUGCGCGUCGCUACACACCGGCGACCGAAACCUCGUGCAGUUUUUUAUCCCCCUUCUCCGUCCCUCCCUCCCUCCCCUGUUCGUUGUCCCAAACUCACUCGUCUCGCUUCUGCAACACCCCCACCUCACACCCAAAAAAUGUCUCUCUCGUCCUACUUGAUCGGAAGCCAAAGCCUCGCGCUCCCGUCUCUCUCCUUCUCCUCAUCCUCUUCUCAUCCUUCGUCUCCAUUCGCCGUCGCGCGACCCCGCCCCUCGGUCUCCCCGCUUCUUCUCCCCUCAUGUGGUUCGUCUCGCCACAGGGUCAGCUCCGAGAGAUGGCGGGGUUCCGGCGUUAUCACGCGCGUGGAAGAGAAAUCCAAGAGCUCGUCCCCCUCCCCUCUCGAGCCAGGGAAGGCCCCCGGACAAUACGAGGAGUUGAUGGAUGGAUCUGGAGGUUGUGAUCCCUUAUGUUCACUUGAUGAAGUAAGCUCCCAGGAUUUUGAAGCUAGUUACCAGCCAAAGACUGAUCUACUGAAAGCUCUUACUAUACUUGCAUCAGCUUUGGCAGGGGCAGCUGCAAUCAAUCAUUCUUGGGUGGCUGCCAAUCAGGAUGUUGCUAUGGUGUUGGUAUUUGCAAUUGGUUAUGCUGGCAUUAUUUUCGAGGAAUCUUUAGCAUUCAACAAAAGUGGAGUUGGAUUGUUGAUGGCUGUUUGCCUAUGGGUUAUUAGAAGCAUUGGAGCUCCUUCAACAGAUAUAGCUGUCACAGAAUUAACCAGGGCAUCUGCUGAAGUCAGUGAAAUAGUCUUCUUCUUGCUUGGUGCGAUGACCAUAGUGGAGAUUGUUGAUGCACAUCAAGGAUUUAAACUGGUUACUGACAAUAUAACUACUCGGAAGCCUCAGGUUCUCCUUUGGGUGGUUGGUUUUGUGACUUUCUUCCUAAGUUCAGUCCUCGACAAUCUAACAUCAACCAUUGUUAUGGUUUCCUUAUUGCGCAAGCUAGUACCUCCAUCAGAAUACAGGAAAAUUUUAGGAGCUGUUGUUGUAAUAGCAGCAAAUGCUGGUGGGGCAUGGACACCUAUUGGUGAUGUCACAACAACGAUGUUGUGGAUUCAUGGUCAGAUCUCUACUUUGCCAACAAUGAAGGGUUUGUUUAUCCCCUCAGCUCUUUCUCUGGCCGUACCACUCGCUCUCAUGUCCCUCACCAGUGAAGUUAAUGGAAAAGCUCAGAAAGCAUCCAAUGUUUUGGCAUCAGAACAGAUUGCUCCUCGAGGACAACUUGUUUUUGCUGUAGGCAUAGGGGCUCUAGUGUUUGUUCCUGUGUUUAAAGCUGUAACCGGCCUGCCACCUUACAUGGGCAUGCUGCUUGGGCUUGGUGUUCUUUGGGUUUUAACUGAUGCAAUUCAUUAUGGAGAUUCCAGAAGGCAAAAGUUGAAAGUACCACAAGCUUUGUCACGGAUUGAUACGCAAGGAGUUCUGUUCUUCCUAGGAAUUCUUUUAUCAGUGAGCAGCUUGGAGGCUGCUGGGAUUCUGAGGGAAUUGGCAAACUACCUUGAUGCCCAUAUACCAAAUGCUGAACUGAUUGCAAGUGCAGUUGGUGUAGUGUCAGCUAUUAUAGACAAUGUUCCCCUUGUUGCAGCAACAAUGGGAAUGUAUGACCUGACUUCUUUUCCUCAAGAUUCUGAGUUUUGGCAGCUUAUUGCGUUUUGUGCUGGUACUGGAGGUUCUAUGCUCAUUAUCGGCUCUGCAGCUGGAGUUGCAUUUAUGGGAAUGGAGAAGGUGGAUUUCUUUUGGUAUCUUCGAAAGGUAAGCGGUUUCGCAUUUGCUGGUUAUACUGCUGGAAUUAUUGCAUACUUGGCAGCUCAAAAUUUCCACAUCACACUUCCCACUUCUUUAGCUGAGCUCCCAUUUCUUCCGGGCUCAUAGAUAUUGGCAUUCUGCUUUGGUCAGUAUGCAUAGUGAUUUUUUGCCGUGCAGUGGUAGGAGUUCCACAUUUAGUCCCAAUACACCUGCCAAAAACCUGUCUGGACAGUAUUAUAAUCCUUAUGAUGAUUAAAAAUUAAAUACAUAAAAGCUAUCAGAUGAUUAUGUGAGGAUACCAGGUCAUUCAGGUCUGCAUCUACCACACAUCAAUUUUGGUCCAAAGCACAGUUAAUGCUGCAUCCAAGCAAAGGUGUGAUCAAGACAUAAAAUAAGAUAAUGGUCAAGAAUUCCUACUUGGAUUUUAUCCCUUAUUGUGAUUGAGGUUUUUAAUGUUUGUAACUUAUGGAGAAAUCAUCCAUUUAAUCUGUUCUUGGAUCAAGCUAGCAUGUAAUAAGCACAAGAUAAACAAUUGAUGCAACUUUGUGCUGAGUUCA